ACGACUAGUUACUAUCUCUUUCUCUCUCCAUAAUCGGCAUCAUCACGGAGUCUUCCAAACACCGGGACCUUUCCACUGUAAAUUCAAUUCUCUCUCCUCCGCUGAUCUUGUAAUCUCAAAUCGAUCAUCUUCAUUCGCUUGGGUCUCUCUGAUUAAAAUCCUUAGCCUUCAUUCAAUUCACAGGUUUUUGAAUAAUUGAAUUGUCUCAGUCUUAAAGUUCAAUCAAUAAUGUUUACGCGAAUCUUCGGCAAGCCUAAGCAAGAAACUAAUGCACUAACAACGAUAGACAAGUUAAACGAGACACUCGAAAUGUUAGAGAAAAAAGAGAAAGUUCUCCAAAAGAAGGCUUCUGCAGAGGUUGAAAGGGCCAGGGAAUUUACCAAAGCAAAAAACAAAAAGGCUGCAAUUCAAUGUUUAAAGAAGAAAAGACUUUAUGAACAGCAAAUUGAAACUCUUGGAAAUUUUCAACUGCGCAUUCAUGACCAGAUGAUAAUGCUAGAAGGUGCAAAAGCUACAACAGAGACAGUUGAUGCUUUGAGAACUGGAGCAGCUGCAAUGAAGGCCAUGCAGAAGGCAACGAAUAUUGAUGACGUGGACAAAACAAUGGAUGAGAUCAACGAGCAAACUGAGAGCAUGAAACAAAUUCAGGAAGCAUUAUCAGCACCUAUCGGUGCAACAGCUGAUUUUGACGAAGAUGAAUUGGAGGCAGAACUUGAAGAACUGGAAGGAGCUGAGUUGGAGGAACAGCUUCUACAGCCAACCACAACUGCCCCUGCUGCUCCAGUGCAGGUGCCUGCUGGCAGGCAACCCACACGUCCAGCACCCCAUAGGAACACAGCUGAGGAGGAUGAACUUGCUGCAUUGCAGGCAGAAAUGGCACUUUGAAGUGCUGUUGCAGUUAUCAAUACCAAGUUAGAGGAGACUGUAAACAUUGGACUUACUGUAUCACGAUGGUUAUUACUUGUGCCUCCACCUUUACCCUCACCCUCCGUUCCUGAGCAUAAUCUUCCGAGUGUGCAUUUGUUGAAAAAUCCCUGUACAUAUGACAUCGAGGGAAAUAGUUUCCACCUCAAACUUGGAUUCUAAGUAUGCUAAUUCUUCCAUAUGUUUCUUUUGAAAUGUUACGAGAAUUUUCUCUUUUGAGAUUUUGUGACUAAAUGUAGAAGCCGACAUAUAUUUGGCAAAAAAACUCUAAAAUUGGGGGAGUGGAUAGCAGGUGUGCUUGGGUUGAGCAGUUUUGUCUAGGAGAUGCCAGGCUUAGUUUUUGUUUAAUCAUCUGUGCUGUAUCCCACCUGGAUUCAGUGUGGUAUAUAGCUCUUCAAUGGGAUCAUUUAGGACCAUUUCCAGGAAAAAUUGUAUCCCAAAUUGCCGGAAGGCGCAAAUUGAACUGUUUUCUUAAGGACUAUGCAGAUCAGAUGAUAAAAUUGUUCAUAACAACUGUGAAAAACGAGGCGGGUCUGUAAGAAAUGCAUCCCGAGAUGGUUUCAAAUCUUUGCGGGGUUACUAGUACAAACUUAUUAUCUUGCUUAUUCUGUUAAACUUUGUACUCAGAUAUCCCAUUGGCAUUAGUGAUAUAUGA